CCAAGGAAGCACCUCUUGAUCGCUGCGCAUGCGCCAUAGAUUAUACCUCACCUUUUUCCGCCAACAACACUUUUGUAUUUGCUUCCCUUUUUAGACAAUGGCUGAUUGUUUUUGACCGACAUGACCGGCGGCCAUCCGUAUUUAGUUGUUCUAGCGACCGUUUUAACACUCGUCUUUCCUCUGUGUUGUCAACAUGUGAGCUUGGAUGAGACUCGGACCAAGUUGAAUGGCUCUGCAGUUGAUUUCGACUCGUUCAGAGAACAGUUUCACCGCACGUAUGAAGUCAACAGCGAGGAAUUUAACCGUCGUCAUCUUUAUUUUCAGAAUGCCACAGAGCGUUAUGCAUACCUGAACUCCUUCUCCACAGCACCACAGUCUGCUAAAUAUGGCAUCAACCGGUUCUCUGACCUCUCACAGAAGGAAUUCAGAGAUCUCUACCUGCGAGCACACACUGACAGAGCUCCUCUCUUCUCUGGACUGAAGACAGGGGGGCUCCCAGCCAAAUUUGACUGGAGGGACAAAACAGUGGUGGCACCGGUCCAGAACCAAGAAGCAUGUGGGAGUUGUUGGGCAUUUAGUGUGGUUGGUGCCACACAAUCCGUCCAUGCUAUAGGAGGCUCGCAGCUGGACCAACUCAGUGUGCAGCAGGUUCUGGACUGCUCCUUCCAAAACAAAGGCUGUAAUGGUGGCUCCCAAGUCCAGGCCCUGAAUUGGUUAAAGCAAACCAGAGUGAAACUGGUGCCUCAGUCAGAGUAUCCCUACAAGGCCAAGACAGGAAUCUGCCAUUUUUUCUCUCAGUCACAUGAUGGUGUUGCUGUGAAGAACUUUACUGCACAUGACUUCAGUGGUCAAGAGGAGGCAAUGAUGGGUCAGCUGGUGGAGCGAGGUCCUUUGGCUGCUAUUGUGGAUGCUGUCAGCUGGCAGGAUUACCUGGGUGGAAUCAUCCAGCACCACUGCUCCAGCCAAAGGUCUAACCAUGCUGUCCUGAUUGUUGGAUACAACACUAUUGGGAAUGUUCCAUACUGGAUUGUGCAGAACUCUUGGGGAACCACAUGGGGUAAUGAGGGUUAUGUUUAUAUAAAAAUCGGUGGAAAUGUUUGUGGUAUUGCAGAUUCUGUAGCUGCAGUUUUCCUUUGAUGUGUGUGUGUGUGUGUGUGUGUGUGUGUGUGUGUGUGUGUGUGUGUGUGUGU